AUGGGAACGCCAGGGGUGAGGUGGGUGAGCAGACGAGGGGGAGUUGGGGGAGGAGACGAGGGGGAGUUGGGGGAGGAGACGAGGGGGAGUUGGGGGAGGAGACCAGGGGGAGGUGGGGGAGGAGACCAGGGGGAGGUGGGGGAGGAGACCAGGGGGAGGUGGGUGAGGAGACCAGGGGAAGGUGGGUGGUGCCGCUUGUCCAGGGUGAGGGUCAGGGUUGGUCUCAGUCUGGAGGAGGAGACCAGCGACGUCUGA